AUGGCCGGAGUCUUCAAUAACCUUCUCGGCCGUCUCGGGAGCACAUCCGGACCAAGCUCUUCAACUCCUCAGCCACCAGCAGGAGGCAGUAAUGCGGCGAAUGCCACAAAUCCAACAAAUGUCACGAAUGUGCCUCCUGCACCAAAUCCUCCGGCUCCAGCAGCCCCACGCCCUCGAAGGGGUGGCUUCUCGUCGGUAAAUUCGAUGAACAAUCAACGACCUCCGGCGCCGCCUGCCCCGCCCACUACGGUGCCUCCGGUAUUACCUCCGCAAGUAUCCAGUCUGCCGACGGUGCCGCCCAUCCCGCCACCUGCGAUGCCUCCAGUAUUACCUCCGCAGGUAUCCAAUCUGCCGACGGCGCCGCCCAUCCCGCCACCUGCGAUGCCUCCGGUAUUACCUCCGCAGGUUUCCAAUCUGCUGACGACCCCGCCGCCCGUUCGACAACCUGCGAUGCGUCCAACAGUACCCCCACCGCCGCCCGCGCCCCGGCCCACAGCCUUUCUGCCAUUGCUGCCACUAACCUCUCAACCCAGCACAGGGGUUUUGCCGACGGCGACGAGCAAUACGGGAGUGCCAGCACAGACUGGAGGCAAGACUCAACAAGCGGACCCUCCAGCGCCUCCGCUGUCGCCAGGAACACAGGCUUUGGUGAACACUGGAGUCCUCAGUGGGAUCCCACUAACAUCGCUCGGCGGCGACGAUGACACGAGAAUGCCAGAUACUCCUACCCCAACGAACCCGCAACAGAUCGCCGAGCUUCAGCGGCAGGCGAGUAAUGCGACAGAUGACAACGCGCUCCUGAACACGUUCCGAAGCCGAGUCGCCGUGGCCAGCCGGGCUCAGACUCUGGAGCAGCGCAAGGACACGUUGAGACGGAAUUUAUGGCCGUGGACCAAUCGAGGGACUGCUUACAACGGGCAGAGGCGCGAGGGGCUCUUCUUGCAAGACGGGAGCCGCAACCCGGCCAGGAGGUCGCGGAGAGGUGCUGCCAGAGGCACUUCUGGGACGGUGCUCCCCGGCCCUGGGACAGCUCCGCAAGUUGGGACAGCUCCGCAAGUUGGGACAGCUCCGCAAGUCGAUCCCACGCUGAGACCAUCCAAGAGGGUCCGUUUCAACGCGGGUGCUUCUACCGCGGGUGCUUCUACUGCGGGUGCUUCUACCGCGGGUGCUUCUACCGCGGGUGCUUCUACCGCGGGUGCUUCUACCGCGGGUUCUUCUAACACGGUUCCUCGCGGGCAGGCUCCUCGCGGCCCUGGCUGGAGACGCCGGGACGACCUUUUCAACCCAGAUGUAAUGAGGGCAGCGGGUAUCACACCGGCCGACGCUGGGAAACGGAUACGAAAAGGCGAUGGGUUGAGACAGGAGUAG